AAAUAAGUUGGAAAUUUUAUGAAACAGAUAAAAAAAAUAUAAACUGCAAACAAAACUAGUCAAAGUAUCUAAAUAGAAAGUACAAAAAACAUGGAGGACGUUGCAAUGAUUCAGGAGGCAAGCUCCAAUAGCAGCGAACCGCUUGGAGAAGCAGCGGAACCGCAUCAACAACCUUCGCCAGAGUUCUUGCAGCGUAAAAUUUACUUUUUAAUGGAUCAACUCAAAGCAAUGCAUGCAGAGCUACCAGAAAAUUUACAGACUCGGAUUUCGUACGAUCUGUUGACAGAACUGGCGAAUUGUGUGCUGAAUGAGAGCAUCUUCGACAUAGUGAAGGCGUUGAUGGAACUGCAACAUGUGACUGAGAAACAUUUAAUACAGGUGCGAGCACAAGUUGAGAACGAAUACGAAAUUGAGGUGUCCGAUUGGAGGGGCAAGAUCAAAGAUGCCGAAGAGUUGCAGCAUAUUUUGGGACUCAUGAAGAUCAAGCAUACCAAAAAACUGCUGGAAACUGACAAAAAGAUUGUCGAAGUGCUGGAUCAAAAGGUAUAUGAUCAACAAUCAAUGCUGCAAAAGGCUGGUGUACCUGGUUUUUAUCACACGCAAAAUCCCAAAGAAAUCAAAAUCCAAAUGUUUUUAUUGGACUUCAUUUUACGCUUGAGCAGGCUUAAAUACGAGCCCAACAAGUAGCUAACGUAUUUAGUCUAAACUAUACUUAAGACUGUUGCUUUUUUAAUAAAGACAAAACAUAAUUUACAACAUA